GACAGUUAUGACAGCCGAUUUGAACCAAUUUUUACUUCAAAAUCCGAAUUUUCGAGUUUUAUCUGAAAUUAAAAAUAAUUUGAUUGGAAACCUAGAAGUCGAUGACCAUGUGUACCAAAUUGAAUUUUUGGCGCCAAAGUUUCCAUCGACUAAUGGUAUGGCAUGUAAAGUGAUGAAAGGAGUUUCAGAAAUUUCGUUGAACCAUUUCAAACCAGAAAAAGCCACUCUUAUUUCUGAAUAUCUAAAGGAGUUAGGUGAAUUCCUCCGUGCCAACACGAUAAGACAUCGUCCCGGAUUUACAGCAGCGUCCAUCCGUGAUUUCCUGCAUCAAUUGGAAUUACUUAGUAGAGACUUGCGAUGCAAAACUGUCAUCAAUAAAGAUUUCACUGUGAUAAAAUUAACAAAUUUUGAAGGAUACGAAGGGCAUUAUCUAGAUCUGGAAAUAUCUAAGACUUUCGAGGCAACUGUGCAGAGACACAGCCUCCCAGACAAAGACUCUUUCGGUAAUAAUCUGUUUUCGAUCUCAGGCGGGCUAGAAAAUGUUGUGGGGCAAUUUCGGCGUUUGCUGGAGCAAUUUUCCGAUUUUUAUAGCCAUUUGCACACAAUCGAUGAACUGUGUACAGUUGUUGAGCCGAUGCUGGUCUCAACAAAGCAUAACUGGCGGAUGAUCUGUAUUACUGAGAGAGUUCUAGGCAAAAUCGUAAUCGACCCGUUUUCUCCCUCAGCUGUAACUAUGAAUUUCAUUGGACCGACCCUAGAAGUAGAGAAGUAUAGAAAGAUUUACAAUGAGAACAUCCAUCGGUGGGAUAUUGAUCUCGACGUGUACCGGAACCUAUUGCGAAUAUUCGAUUUGAUGUACUUCCCGAUGAAAAUGUGUGACGACGAUGAAGAAGAGAAAUAUUGUAAUAUUUGUUAUAUAUACAUGUUGGAUGACCACAUCCCGCUUAUAUCGUGCGAUAAUCCUCGAUGUGACUUGGUAUUCCAUGUGGCUUGCUUGAAAGAAUGGUUUUCCACUUUGGAUGAGAGGAAAACUUUCUUAGCAGUAACAUUCGGCAGCUGUCCAUCAUGCAAAGAGAAACUGUCGCCGUCGUUUGUACAACUGCUGGAGAUGUAGUAGACAACAAUUCUGAUUAGAUCUGCUCGUUUACGCGUUUACAACUUCAAAGAGAUUUUGCCUCGUUCUAUAUCAUUAACCACAGCCAUCUAUACAGCUUACUCAGAGUGUGGUACCAAGAAACUGGACCCGGUUUUUAAUACCAACUU